AGGAGUCUCAAGAAUUCCUGCAGUCCCUGCGGUCUGCCAGAUACCUGCGUAUCUUGCGAACGCUUCGAAUCUUUCGGAUUUUGAAGGCUGGAAAGAUCAACCUACUGAUCGAGAACCUGGUCAUCUCCAUGGGACGGCAAUGGCUUAUCCUGGCCUUUACAGUGGGACGGAUGUUGUUGUCCAUCGGAAUGGUGGCGCAUAUCCUGGCGUGCAUCUGGUUUGGCCUGGGUCAGGCAGUUUCGGAAAGCAAUGGUGGAGGGAGCUGGAUUGACGUUCUCCUUAUCCGAAACAGUAGUGGCUAUGUGCAGUACUCCCACGCCCUUGCCUGGAUUCUUCUGCCACCAGCACCGCCUAUGGUCGAGCCAGACAGCGGGAUAGAGAUGAUGAUGUGCAUCGUUCUUUUCGUUAUCACCGUGCUGGUGAUUGGCUCCGCUUUGUCCAUUCUGACCGGGACACUGCAUGAGAUACGACAGGUCAACAACGAGCGGAGUCGAAAGCGGCGUGAGUUGAGGAUUUUUCUCCAAACAAAAGCGGUUCCUACAGAGCUUUUGAUGCGGAUCAUGAGCUACGCGGACUACAAGAUGGCACGUCAAUCUCCGAUCGGAUAUGACACCAGCCUCAUCUCUCCCAUCCUGGAUGCUGAAUUGGCGACCUUCCAGUUUGGAGAAAAUCUGCAGAAUCAUUCUUUCUUCGAGCUGACCUUCAAGAUCUUCCCGCAGGUGUUCGCAGAGUUCUGCAGUGCCUUGAAGAAGCAGUUCUACAGUGAGGGAGAGUCGGUAUUCUCCAAUGGCUCCAUUGCAGAGAUGAUGUACGUCACGAGCCAUGGAGACUUUUGCCUAGGCGAAGAUGAGGGCCAAAGGGAGCGGUCCUUCAGUGGAGAGCACAACUACUUCGCCGAGGUCGCACUAUACGUGGAAGCUGUAACGCACCAAUGCACUCUGGCAGCCGAGUCCUUUGCAGAGGUCUUCGUUCUGACCGCUGCCAGUUUAGCUGCAGUCUUGGCAAAUUCGCCGAUGUGCACGACGAUGUUCGUUGAGUAUGCCAAUGAGUACAUCCGGAUCUAUUCAGACAGCAUUGCUCGUCACGACAUGGGAGAUGCCCUGGACAUACAACAACGCUGUAAUCAGAAGGCCUGUUUCUCCAACUCGUUCUAUUUGGACCUGAACGUGGAUGAGCGAAAAAUCUUAAGAACCAUCGACCUCAGGGAGCUCGAGGAGAAGGAGGGGCGAACACCUCCCAUACGCUUCGUCGAGCACAUGAUGGAAAGUAAUGAGCAGCUUUUUUUGGAACAAUUGCGGAGCUCCUUUGUGGAACUUGAUCCUACAGAUGGCCUUCAUGCCAGGUAUGGGGAGCCCAAGGAGCAAGAGAAGGUGGAGAGCGGCAUUUUGAGCCUCAUGGCGCUUGUCAGAAAUGACUACGAGGCCUUUACAGCACCGCAGAAGGGGCCCAACCGAUUAUCCACCACUCAGUGGCAACAACUGCAAGGAGUGCUGGAAUGGGCCGAACCUACGCCAGAGAAGGUUGCAGCUGCAAUUUGGCUUUUGGCGGUCCGUCCCAUUGGCAAGUACAGGUCAGUCACUUCCCAAAUCCCUUCUGCACAUCAACGGCCUGAUCAAGCAGUGCGAUAUGUGCUGGCUUCGUACCCUUUUCUGGCACCCACGGGCCAUCACCUGGAAAAGCAUAUUCGACUCUUCGUGACAUCCACGUUGGAACUACAGCUGAACUUUAAUUUUGCUCAGAUGCUUCAGGGCGAAAACGUCCCAGCCAACCUCUUGCAACUCGAAGAGUUCAUCCUCAAGAAGAGCGGUGAGGAGACGUUAAAGUUUUAUGUGCUUUUCUUGCUGGGCUUCCUGAGCGGCCUGGCCGGCGGCAGCGGCUCACGCUUCAUGAACUGUAGCAAUGCUCGAUCAACCAUCCCAGGGCUGCAUAUUCUCAUGCGGGUGUUGAAGAAGGACCCAACAGCACUCUACUGGACCUACAUCCACAACCGAGCCGUGGAGCUGGGGCGAAAACCCGAAAAUACCGCUGACCUGGCGGUCGUGCGCUUGGCGUGUCUUUGUCGAGCGCAGACUGCGAAGGACUUGCAUCAGUUGCAGGAGUCCUGGUACCACCUGAGCGCGGGGGAGCAGAGCAGUUUGCUUCGGCACUUCUUGGCAGAUGGGGUGGUCAACCAGGCCAUUGUUUUUGAGUUCCUGCCACUCUGCUUGGAGCGGGCCAAGAACAAUGCCUUUGUGACCAUCCCAUCCCUUUUGCAGAUUUUGGUGGAACUCUUGACAGCGGUGCGUGCAGUGGCUCAGAAAGCAGGAGCCAAAGUGUCGAAGGAUACCCCUGAGGACCAGGGCCCAGGAGGCAGCAAGCUCCGCACGCUGGCGGUGGACUUGGGGGAGUUAGCAGGCUUCAUUCUCUUAGUGCAGAAUAGCUACAUCUUCCAGACCUGCCUGUGUCGCGCAAAGCUCCGCAUGACAGAAGCUUGAUCAUUAUUGACAGGGAGGACCAUC